AGAUUCAGACAUUGAAGUUCCGUUAGCAGGAAGUUGGGGUUGUGGUUCAAUACUAAAUACAAGUGGAGACAGUUAGCAGCGUGUAGAUAAUAUAGCUCAAGGCUCCUUUUGCUGUCCAUCCGCUUUGAAGAGCGUGUAAUUGAUCCGUUUGUACUGAUUUCCAUUCUGAAUCGCAGCAGAGCUGCCAGAAGCCGAUGGGCAGAAGAAGCAUCUGGUUUUAAAACAGAAGCCGGUAAUUUGUAGACGGGAAAACUGGUAAUUUUAACAACGUUUCAGCUGGAAGUCGAGGACGCUUGCAAGAAAACAAAAUGCCGAAAACGAUCAAUGUUCGGGUUACCACCAUGGACGCAGAGCUGGAGUUUGCUAUCCAGCCCAAUACCACUGGCAAACAGCUCUUUGAUCAGGUUGUGAAGACCAUUGGGCUUCGUGAGGUCUGGUUCUUUGGCCUUCAGUACCAAGAUACAAAGGGCUUCUCCACCUGGCUGAAACUCAACAAAAAGGUAACUCAGCAGGAUGUUCGUAAGGAAAGUCCACUGCUUUUCAAGUUUAGAGCAAAAUUCUUUCCAGAAGAUGUAUCUGAGGAGCUGAUUCAGGAGAUCACCCAACGCCUCUUCUUUCUGCAAGUGAAAGAGGGUAUUCUGAAUGAUGACAUCUACUGCCCCCCAGAGACUGCAGUGCUCCUGGCUUCCUAUGCUGUGCAGGUCAAAUAUGGGGACUUCACUAAAGAUGCCCACAAAUCAGGCUACUUGUCAAGUGAUCGUCUGCUCCCACAGCGUGUCCUGGAACAGCACAAGUUAAACAAAGAACAGUGGGAGGAUCGGAUCCAGAUCUGGCAUGAGGAGCACCGAGGAAUGAUCAGGGAGGAUGCCAUGAUGGAAUAUCUGAAGAUUGCUCAAGAUCUUGAAAUGUAUGGUGUUAACUACUUUAACAUAAAAAACAAAAAGGGCUCUGAGCUGUGGCUUGGAGUUGAUGCUCUUGGAUUGAACAUCUACGAACAUGAUGAUAGGUUGACACCCAAGAUCGGAUUCCCAUGGAGUGAAAUCCGAAAUAUUUCAUUUAACGACAAGAAGUUUAUCAUCAAACCAAUUGAUAAAAAAGCACCAGAUUUCAUAUUCUAUGCACCUCGUCUCCGCAUUAACAAACGUAUCCUGGCAUUGUGCAUGGGGAACCACGAACUGUAUAUGCGCAGACGUAAGCCAGAUACUAUUGAAGUCCAGCAGAUGAAGGCUCAGGCUAGAGAAGAGAAACAUCAGAAACAGCUGGAAAGAGCACAGCUAGAAAAUGAGAGAAAGAAGAGAGAGCAAGCAGAGAAAGAAAGAGAGAAUAUAGAGCGUGAAAAGGAUGAAUUGAUGGAGAGACUGAAGCUGAUCGAAGAGCAGACUCAAAAAGCCCAAAGAGAACUGGAAGAACAAACUCGCAAAGCACUGGAGCUGGAGCAAGAGAGGAAAACUGCCCAGGAGGAGGCGGAGCGACUGGAACAAGAGCGUAGGACUGCAGAGGAGGCCAAGGCUGCCUUAAUGGAGCAGUCCAAAAAUCAGAUGAAAAAUCAGGAGCACCUGGCCUCUGAACUUGAAGAGCUCACUUCUAAAAUAAAUCUAUUAGAGAGAACGAAGAAGAUUAAGGAAGAGGAGGCCACUGAGUGGCAGCAGAAGGCUGCAUUAGCACAACAAGAUCUGGAAAAGACCAAAGAGGAACUUAAAAUGGCCACAACAACCCCACCCAUCCAAGUGACCAUCCUACAAGCAGAAAAUGAGCAUGCAGAUGAGCACGAUGAGAAUAGUGCAGAGGCUAGUGCUGAACUCAGCUCGGAGGGGACCGUUCAAGAUCGCAGUGAGGAGGAGAGGUUGACUGAGGCAGAGAAAAACCAGCGUGUACAGAAACAGCUACAGGCAUUGACUUCUGAGCUGGCCCAGGCACGAGAUGAGACCAAGAAAACACGGAAUGACCUGCUACAUGCAGAGAACAUGAAGGCAGGACGAGACAAAUACAAAACCCUGAGACAGAUUCGGCAGGGCAACACCAAGCAGCGGAUUGACGAAUUUGAAUCCAUGUAAAUCCCCAUUUCCUGUGACCUGUGUAAGCCACUACAUGGGAAUGAAUUUGGUUCCAUUUAGGAGUUGCCGAGAAGCCCUUUUUUUUUUUAUUAAUAUAUAGCUUGUGCAGAUCAGCAACAGAGAUGUAUUAAAUUGUUGUUUCAGUUCUUGUGUGGCACAAAUGUAAUCUUUGGUUAUGAAGUUCAGAAAGAUUGUCGUCCUCCUCUCCAUUACACAAAUUAGAAUUUUAUCAAAGCCUUUGCUUUAUUCCCACUGUUUUUGUACUGCUUGUUAUUUUAAGUAAUGUAUUUUGGCUCAUCUUUGAUAUGAGAAUCUUCACAAUCCUAAGCUCUAUUUAAUUUAAGAAAAAAGCAUUGGAAAAAGAUUAUACAAGUUAGGUAGGAUGUUGAUGUUGAUUCACAGAAGCGGUCCUCACCACAAAAGAUGUACAGCUCCUGGAAUGGGGAGCUUACAACUGUUGUGUUCGUCUUCUCACUUUAGCCUGUAGGUUGGUUUUCACAGUUGGCGAAUCUAACUGGUAUUCACCAUCUUUAAUCGAUGAUUAUUGCCAAGUGAUUAUCAAGAUCUAAUAUCUUUGAUUGGAUAAGUUAUGCCAUCACAAAAAAGUAUCAAACAAAAACCAUUCUUGUGAAACUAAUUCUUAUUCAAUAUUAUAGUAAGUAAGUAAUACUUGGGGAGAGAUCCCUGCAUUUCUGAGGUAAUUUACAUUCAGCUUUAAAAGAUUUAUAUGCACACCUCACUUAGUUGGCUGAAAUUAGUGAGGUUCGGCCUCCGAUUUUUUUCAAGCUGAAAAAAUUCAGCUGUGACUGGAGUACAUUGCACUAAAAUUUUAAAUUCAUAAGAAAUUGCUAAGCUUGUAGGGGGGUUUUCGCCUUAAUGUCCACAGUACCUGGGAGGAUAUGGUGCUACCAUAUAUUUCACUGGGUAAUUGCAAUCCCACAUUUCAUGUGAAUAGAGUUAAUUUUGGAAAAAUGUACAAAUUUAUAAUAAAAUGCUUCCCUCCUAAUUUCAUGGCUCUAAAGUAUAUGUCAAGAUUUCAAAUUUGUUCAACUUCAACUGAAAUCCUUUUUAAGUUGUACAUUAAGGUCAGAAGUACUUGAGAUAUGGCUAAUGCAUACUUUAUUGAGCUUCAUAUUCCUAACUGAACCUCUUGCCAAGGGCUAUCAUUUAAUGCUGAAUAAUCUUUUUUUAUAUAGAAAUGAAAGUGCCAAAAAAAAUCUGUUACGUGCCUAUGUCUAUUUUAUUUGCAACCAAGAUCACUCCUUGUGCAGUUGGUUGCUUUUUGUUUUCUAAAUAGUAUUAUGUACUUGAUGUAGUUACUUUGGACUUUAACUAUGCAAAGUAGGAAGAGCAGAAUUAUUUUUUGUAACCAGAUUAUUGGUUUGCAGACUUAUCAUGUAACCAUGCAUCAUGUAUUUUGCAGGAUAAUUGAUUAUAAGAAAUGUGCAGUAUUAUAUUAAGGAGACAACUGUUCAAGUCAAGUGUUGAUCUUUCAUGGUAUCCAUUGCAAUGACUUUGUGAAAUGGGAAACUUUGGUCAAUAAUAAUGGAGCUCUUCAGCUCAUUGAGAAAAGCUGCUUGAUCUCAUUCUCAGUGGUUUGAAUAUUUUCUAUACAUUACAUAGAAAGUUGGCCAGUGUAAAUUUCUUCUGCACUAGUGAAAUCUACUCCCUAUUUAACAAUUAACAAAUGGGAUCUCGGUAACAAACUAUUUGCUGUUUUUGGGGUUUGUAUUCAGUUUGGUCUUUUGCUCUAAUAAAUUUUCAUAUUUCUGCA